CGAGAAGAGAUUCAAGCAGAUCGGGGCUGAAUGUUGGAGGGAAUGAGGCUGAAGGGAUGGGCGCUGUCCACGAAAGCUGUGGCGGGGAGCAGACUCCUUCGGAGAAGAAGAGCGAGCGACAGAGGAUGGUGCGAGAGGAGGUGGCUGAAGGAACCCUCCGCAUGAAGAGGAUGAGAGGAAAACCGGAGGCGUUGAUGGGCGGGGAUGGAGGUGGCGACGGAGAACGUGCCUCGGGAAAGAAGCCGACGAACGAAGAGGGUGGGAAGGCAAGGCCUGUCGGUCAGGAGUGCGACGAAGCGGCUGCGUUCUGGCUCGAAUACGAGCGGAACGAUGUUGGUGAAAUCGUGGAGAAGGAGCUCCCUGUCCAACUGCUCAUCGACCCCAGGAAGGUCUGCGACAUCCCACCUUGGGAAAGAUAUUACAACCACCGCAGUCUAAGUCGCGAAACUGUGGACGACAUCAAGGAUGCGAUGCUGAGUCACUUCCGCGAGAAGAAGAUCUGGACGAAAAACCCUCUCGUUUUGGCACCCAUCUACAAGCCGGUGUCGCGUAGGCCGGAGCAAGCAGACAGGGUUCACAAAGAUGUCUUCAGGCCAGAGGACAAGGACAAGUACUACUAUUACCCUGUUAACGGACAACACACCAUGGCUGCUGUGAAGGAGUUGGAGGGUGAGCAAAUAUUCGAUUUGUGGAAGAUGCACUCGUGGCCAGCGAGAGUAAGGUGGUUCUCCGACCGAGAUUUCGCGGGGUAUAGGCAGGUCAGUCUCAACGAAAACACGAGACACAAGAUGUCUAAGCAGCGGCCGCAGAAGACCGCGUUCUUGGACAUGAGGGAGGCAUGGGAGAACGAAAGAAGGCCAAUGGCCAUUCAAGGGAACCCUUCUGGCAAGGAGGCCGAAAAACAAAAGUUCUUCGAUUUCCAAAAGCUGGUUUUGGGAAAGAGUUCGAACGGAGCUCACUGGACGUUGGCACAAAAAGAUUCGUCGCUCGCCGACAAGGACUAUGUCGCUGCAGUUGGCAAUGCAUUGAGGCAGUGGAUGCCGCUCGUGACGGCCGUUGACGACGUUUUCCGCAAAGCCAUGGAAUUCUACGCGAAAUGGGCGGAGGAGAAGUUGUUGGGCGGCGACGACAAGACACCAUAGUCGAGGCCGGGCAAAUACAUGCCAGACAAAUCUCCGGGUCUGCAAGCAAU